CAGUUACCCAGUCAGCGCCGCCAGCCAAGGACGAGCGGACAAACCCUUUAAGUGCACUCUGGCGCCACGUACACGCGCAGAGGUCAACACAGCACAUAAAUACACCACACACACACACAGGUACACACACACACACACACACACACACACACACGACCUUCACACCACUGCAAAGACACACGUAGGCGAGGCAACACAAAAAUCUGACUGGUUUUCUGUGGUGUUGCUCCAGUGUGUGUCGUGGUGAAGGUGAAGUGGUGUGUACUGGUGGCUAGCGGCCUGUGUGGUGGUGUAGUGGUGUUGAGAGGUGUGCAUUAAUAGUAGCCAAUGUUCUCGUGUUUCUACCCCCUCUCUCUGCUCUCCACCGUUCGCAAUGACAGCUAUAGGACGCAUUGAAGGAAUGGGCAGUUUUACAUCCAAGCCACAAGUAGAAAAAGUCGAGUGUGCCGAGGACAAGGUUGGAGUGCCUGACGGGGUGGCGGCCGGGCGUGCUCUAUUGCAAUGGGUGAGGGAGCCCAUUGCCCACCUCCCCCCCCUCCUCCCACGCCUCUACAGGACCCCGCCCCCCUUCCCCGUCACCCCCUCGAAGGCGCCCCUACCCCCGCCCUCCUCCCCCUCCUCCUUCAGGAUAAUGCAGUGGAAUAUAUUGGCGCAAGCGCUCGGUACACACGCUGAUAACUUCGCCCAGUGUCCCAGGGAGGCGCUGGAAUGGGACACACGGAAGUAUCGUAUCUUGGAGGAAGUUUUGACACACCUGCCUCACGUCCUCUGUCUCCAGGAGGUGGAUCACUUUGGGUACCUAGAGAAGGUGUUGGCCAGGCAGGGGUACCGGGGGGUGUUCAUGCCCAAGCCAGACUCCCCCUGCCUCUACCUGCCAAACAACAACGGGCCAGACGGGUGUGCCAUCUUCUGGGACGACAACAAAUUUGAAUUGGUGAAGAAAGAGUCGAGGGUCGUGGAAGUUUGGCAUGUCCAGAGUAACCAGGUCGCCAUCCUGCUGGUGCUGGAGGAGCGCAGCAGUGGUCGGCGUGUGCUGGUGCUCACCACACACCUGAAGGCCAGACAGGGGGCGUUGCUGGCUUCCCUACGCAAUGAGCAAGGCAAGGACCUCCUCUCGUUCUUAGACACACACCGCAAUGAUGAACCUACCGUGGUGUGUGGUGACUUUAACGCGGAACCAAGUGAACCGGUCUACUCCACCAUGACGGACACCUCCACACGGCUACAAUCCUCCUACGCCUUCCUCAAUGGUGGAGCAGAACCGGAUUACUCCACAUGGAAGGUUCGCGGGGAUGUGGACUGCUGCCAUAACAUUGACUACAUCUUCUACACGCCCUCCUCGCUGCAGGUCACCGGGGGGGUGGAUGUGCCCACAGAGGAGGCCCUGGGUCCUGGCCGUGCCCCAUGCCUAGCCUACCCCUCCGACCACUUCUCCCUCAUCUGUGACCUGACCUUCUCCGACACAGACGCACACCCACACACACACGCCAAGCCAGAAAGUAGUCGAUAACCAGCCAGGGAUUAGCGACAGCUGCGAUGGUGACAGCAGCAGUAGCAGCGGCGACACACACCCGCCUUGGCCCAGCACGCUGCCAGCACACCUCACACACCCGACACACACUGACACACUCGUAGCAGUCCUGAAGUAUCGGGAGGCAGCAGCACAAGCACCGCCAAGCACUAGGAUCCCUCAGGCCUGCAGGAUCAAGUAGUAUAUGCACAUGUACAGGACCAAGAUUCCUUCACAGGGGAUUGAAACACCCUUACAGAGAAUCAGAGCACCCUUAAGAGGAUCAGAACACCCUUAAGAGCAUCAGAACACUCUUAAGAGGAUCAGAACACCCUUAAAAGGAUCUGAGCACCGUAAGAGGAUCAAAACACCCAUAAGAGGAUCAGAUCACCCUUAUAGAGGAUCAGAGCACCUUGGAAAAUAUUCAAACACCCUCAAACAAGAUAUACCCUUCAUAAAAGCAACAAGAUAAGGGAUCUACACUCGUUAAACAUUGUAGCUUAUAAUUGGCUGCUAGAAAGUUGGCAAAGUCUUUUCCAGUGGUGAUAUCUAAAUAAAUCACCAGUAGAGAGAAGCACCAUUAAAAGCUGAGCAGCUUAUGUGGUGUUUGCAAGCUGUGAGAGAGCGAGAGGCUUCAAAACACUGGCCUUGGUUCACAGCAGGCCAUGAAGAGGGAGCAGUGUGGCUGUGGUAGUCUCUGUGGCUUGUGCUGUGGUGUGCUUGAUGGUCUGGCCGGCUGACGUGCGGUAGAGUGGUAGCUAAUGGUGCUGCGUGACUGUGGUGAAGUACUGUGGUGUCUGUGGUGACAUACAGACACAUACACUUCACUGCCAUGUAUUGUAUGGGUGUUUGUGUGGUGAUGUGGUGAGAAAGACUGUAUGUGUGGUGAUGUGGUGAGGAUUAGCUGUGUGGUGAUGGUGAGGAGUGGUGCCAUGGCAGUCAAUGUGGUGAUGUGGUGACAGAGUGGUGCCAUGGCAGUCUGUAGUGAUGGUGAGGUUUGGUGCCGUGGUUCUGUGUGAUGAUGUAGUGGUGAUUUUGUGUCAUGGGUCUUUGUAUGGCACUGUGGUGAGGAGGACUGGUGCCAUGGCUUUGUGUGGUGAUGUGGUGAUGUGGUGCCAUGGCUUUUUUUGUGGUGAUGUGGUGGUGUAGUGGUGAUGAGGACUGGUGCCGCAUGAUUCAGUACAACAUUACAGUGAAAACAACACAAAUUCUUCACUUGACACUCUCUCAGUUCACAUUCAGGAAGUGACUUGGUAAUCUCACACUCUCAGAUGGAAGGCAACAAAGAGACAUAUUAUAAAGCUAGUGUAUUGUUUAACUUGUCACUAUUUUACCUCUACUUAAAAGAAUUCUCACUUUUUUUCUAUCAUGUGUUCAAGUUUGUGUCCAUAUUUAUAAAGUUGCAAGAAAUUAAGUUUUUCGGGGACAUUGUAAAGCUAGUGCAUUGUUUAAUUUGUCACUAUUUUACCUCCACUCUAAAGAAUUCUCACUUUUUUCUUCUAUGUGUUUAAGUUUGUCUCCAUAUUUAUAAAGUUGCAAGAAAUGAAUAAUACACACUGAGAUUUUUUAGUUAUAUUUUUAGACGCAUUGUAAAGCUAGUGUAUUGUUCAUUUCCGUCACUAUUUCCUCUCCAUCUUCCUUAAAAGUUUGCCUAAUAAAACUAUUUAAGUCCAGCA